AUGUUUCAGUUUGACAAAAUCUACGGUGUCAAUUUGAUCAAGCUCGUCUUCAACAAUUUCACUGAAGGAUCAUUGGUCGCUCAUUUGCAGUUGAUGCUGAAACUACAUGAUACAGGCACUUUUCGUAACAACGAAAAGAUUUUCAAGGAUGAACGUUGCGGUAACGUUAUCUGCCCUGAGCAUACUGAAUGUCGGCCGAUAGAUGACAUCGACGAGUGCGCAUCAAACCCAUGCCAGACUGAAGCGGAAUGUCUGAACACUCCCGGUUCGUACGUAUGCGCUCCGGUGCUGAUAAACCGGUGUGUCCAAACGGAACCACGGUCGUCGUCACUGGUCCGUUCUCGUAUCGAUGCGAUUGCAGUUGGAUAUAUGCAGGAUCAAAUUGCCGAUUUCGUAACACUGACUCUGAUACUACUGAUUCUCGCGUGUUUCUUCCUUCUAACGACGAUUUGCGCAAUUCUCUUCGCUGUCUGCCAAAAACGGCGGAAUCGAACGGGAACGUAG